AAACAUAUCAGAGGAUCUAAAAUGGGAAACAAAGUCGGAGUGUUUACUGAUGAGCAAAUAGAGGCAUAUCAGGACUGUACCUUUUUCACGAAAAAAGAAAUUUUAAGGAUAUUUAGUCGCUUCCGGGAUCUUGCUCCAAACGCCGUCCCCAAAGUAAUGUCUAAUGUUGACACAAGCAGGAUUCGACUACCAUUUCAACAAAUUCAAAUGAUGACAGAACUAAAGGAAAACCCUUUCUGUCGGCGUAUCUGCCAGGUGUUCUCGGAGGACGGGAGCGGAGAUUUAUCAUUCGAAGAUUUUCUGGAUCUGUUCUCCGUGUUAAGCGAGGUAGCACCAAGGGAACUCAAAGCAGUGUAUGCAUUUAAAAUCUAUGAUUUCGACGGCGACAACUAUCUCGGAAAAGAAGAUUUACAAUCCACGUUAAAGUGUUUGACCAGGAACGAACUAUCCGAAGAGGAAUUGGACUUUGUUGUCGAAAAGGUGUUAGAAGAAACAGAUCUAGACGAUGACGGGAAAUUGUCCUACAUUGAGUUCGAACACGUCAUCUCAAGAUCACCUGAUUUUAUGACCUAUUUUUAUAUAUAUCUUGUAGAAUUUACGAUGAGACUCGCGAUCAUCUUGCUGGCUGCCAUCUUCACAUACACCGAAGCCAGGUUACAGCUUUCCAGACAGGCAUACUUAAGAUUUCCUUACCAAUACGUUAACGGAGAUCCAACCAAUCCAAGAUACGGGCUUUUUCAAAAUGCUGCCCAUAAGGCUGCUUACCACACUGUAGAUAAAAUUCUAUAUGUUGCUUCUGCAAGAUCCUCAGAAAAAUACCUCCACAUCAUUGAUAUGAACAAUCCUGCCAGUCCAUCCAUCUUGAUGACGCACGUGUUCGAUAACAGCGUGGAUGGUAUGAUCACAGCAGUAGACGCAUGCUCAGACACCAUUGCCGUUUCCUUAGCUGCUGCGGAUCCCGUGUCUGAGGGUCACGUGGAGCUCUUUACUCCCUAUAAUAGAGCUGACCGAGUUUUUACUAGAAUUGGAAGAAUAACAGUUGGAGUAAAUCCCAGAGAUAUUGUGCACACUAGCGAUUGUACAAGACUGGUUGUAGCCAAUGCGGGUUCUGUUUCCAUUAACCCCAUAUCAAGCACUCUGUCGGAUCCCGAGGGUUCGGUGACCAUCAUCAUCAGAAAUGAUCAGGGAUUCCCCGUGGAGGUUAACAUGGAUUUUACUCAGCUUAAUGGCAGAGUUACAGAUUACAUAAAUAAUGGUGUUCGAUAUGUUUUCCGCGGAGAUCACAGUGCAGGAAUUAUCAACACUUUCUCACAGGAUCUCGAGCCUGAAUCAGUUACCAUAAGCAAUGACGACAGAUUUGCUUUCGUCUCAUGUCAGAGAAAUAACGCCAUAUUGAAGAUUGACAUGUUCAAUCAGAGGAUUAUAGAACUUUAUUCUCUGGGGGCCAAGAACUGGACCAGCUAUACAAUGGAUGCUAGCGAUAUGAAUGACGCCGCUAACAUGCGCCAUCACACCGUCUACUCCUUUUACCAACCUGGAAAACUUGCAUUUGGUGUGAUAGACGGCAAAGGUUACGUGGUUUCCGCCGACACAGGCAGAACUACGUCUUAUACUGUUAGAGACCACGGAUAUGCCUUCAACGAUUUCGUAAGAGCUCGGGUCGCCUAUACUGAUGGAGAUUUGGACACCGCUACAAUGAACCCUACUCUAGUACAACAAAUACAGGACAAUCAACAACUAGGAAGGGCAUUCAUGAGCAAUCAAGAUGGAUACAACAUCUUUAACAAAAUCGGCGACGUUUUCCUGUUUGGUGGGCGUGGAAUUUCUUUGUGGGACUCUACGACCAUGGCCCACGUGUUUGACAGUGGGGACGAUUUGGAGAGGAGGGCCUCUCAGUUGUAUCCUAGUACUUUUAAUGGAGAUUGUUCAAAUGCUAAUCAGUCUCCAACCCAGCAGGUUGACGAGAGAUCAGAUGAUAUGGGCCCCGAGCCCAGUGCUUUGGCCGUAGGAACAGUAGGAACCACGCCGGUUCUCGUCACGGGCUCUAGGAAUGGAGUCCUGUAUGUCUUUAAUAUGAGAGGCGUCAGCGCCAACUUUGAGAGUGCCCACCGUGAAGGAAGCACGAACGACAUUUGGAACAAUCUUUACAACACGAACACCGCGGGAGAUCAACAGAUAUCUCACAUCGGAUUCGUUGAUGCUGUACACAGUGCUACAGGAGUCCCAUAUAUUUACGUCAUCGGAAGAGCCACUGGGUCACUUUCUAUUUAUAAUAUUGCAGAUGUACCAGACACAAAUUAAAAUAAGCCACGUUAUAAAGUUCUUAUUAAUUAUCAAA